UUUCAGUUCGUGUAUCCGUGGAAUUCAGAUUCAGUUCGUAUCUGACUUUCGGCGUGAGUGCAACGUUUGUUUUUACGGCCAUUGAAAGCAAGCAACAACAACAACAACUACAUAGCAAGAACAAGCAAAAGCAACAACAAGUGACGUGCAACAACAACAAGCAGCAUGUGUUGCAUGCAGUGAACAAAAAAAAAGUCGAAAAGAAGAAAAACAUAAACACAAGUAUUCUAUUAAUAUUUAAAGCAAGAAAAGGCAAAACUAAAAGUGAACGAAACAACAACAACAAAAAAACCAGACCAAAAGUCGCUUGAACUGCUCCCAGGAAAAGUUCUCGUAACGCCCCCGAAAAUGUGUUAGAAACCCCGCGGAAAACCUGCACUUUAACAGAUAAAAUCGGAAAACUCUCUCAGCACCAUGGACAUGACCAAACAGAUUGUGGACUUCGAAAUGAAGUUGGAGUGUGAAGUGGAUCAGUACGAGGCGAAUGACUACACAAUGGCCCCCGCAGAGGAGCCCAAAGUGGCAGUAGAGCCUCAGUUGGAGGAAACCGAGGAGUCGGACAGUAAAUACUCGCCCGAGAAAAUAGUGGAAGCCAGUUUGGAGGAGCCAAAGGAUCUGGUUUCCAAGACAGAAAAAGAUACAGAGCCUGUGGCACAUAUAAAGUCAGCAGAUAAAAAUAUAGACACAGUGCUGGUAAAACCGAAGGCAAGUCUGAUGAAUGAUCAGCCCUUGACCCCGCCCCCACGACCUCUGACCUCCAGCGAGGUCGUGGGUCUCCGGGAUCCCGAUGAUCCCGAACUGCGCAUGCGCCUGGAGGCCAAGAAGUCGCGAUCCCUCCCCGUUUCACCACAGCCCCAACAAAGUCUUAAGCUGGCGGGCUCGGCGCUCUUCGAAUUUGGCCAAAGAUCCACGCCCGUGGAGGCCAAGAUAAAAACCAAUCCGGAGCUGAAGGCUCCUCGCCGGAAAAUGGCUCCUCCCAGUGGCGGUGGUGAUAAUCAGCAGUUCUGCCUGCGAUGGAACAACUAUCAAUCCAAUCUGACAAACGUCUUCGAUGAGCUCCUGCAAAGCGAAUCCUUCGUGGACGUGACCUUGUCCUGCGAAGGUCACUCGAUCAAGGCCCACAAAAUGGUCCUAUCCGCCUGCUCACCCUAUUUCCAGGCCCUCUUCUACGAUAAUCCCUGCCAGCAUCCCAUUAUCAUAAUGAGGGAUGUGAACUGGUCCGAUUUGAAGGCCCUGGUGGAGUUCAUGUACAAGGGGGAGAUCAAUGUCUGCCAGGAUCAGAUAAAUCCCCUGCUGAAAGUGGCUGAAACCCUGAAGAUCAGGGGCCUGGCGGAGGUCAGUGCGGGCAGGGGCGAUGGUGGCGCCUCCGCUCAUCCCAUGUCCGUCUAUGACGAUGAGGAUGAGGAGGAGGAAAUGGCCUCGGCCACGGCCAUUCUGCGGCAGGAUGAUGAAGCCGAUCCGGAUGAGGAGCUGAAGGCCAAGCGACCCCGUUUGUUGCCCGACGGAGCCUUGGAUCUGAAUCAAAGGCAGAGAAAGCGAUCCCGGGAUGGCAGCUAUGCCACUCCCAGUCCUUCGCUGCAAGGAGGUGAGUCGGAGGUCUCCGAGAGGGGAUCCUCGGCCACUCCCGGACAAAACCAGAGCCAACCCUUGGCCAUGACCACUUCGACGAUAGUGCGCAAUCCCUUUGCCUCGCCCAAUCCCCAAACUCUGGAGGGCAGGAACUCGACCAGUGGAGGAUCACAGCGGAACUGCUCCUCGCCACCACCCACUUCGGGUCACAGUAAUGGCAACAGCAGUGCCGCCAUGCAUUCUCCACCCGGCGGAGUGGCCGCCCAGUCCGCUCUACCGCCUCACAUGGCCGCCGCUGUGGCCGCCGCCGCUCACCAUGCCGCCGUCGUGCCACCCCCCCCACCUGCCAUGCACCAUCAGCAACUGGCCGCCCAGCAAUUGGCCGCCCAGCACCAGUUGGCCCACUCGCAUGCCAUGGCCAGUGCCUUGGCCGCAGCUGCCGCCGGAGCGGGAGCAGGGGGAGCGGGGGGAGCCGGGGGAGCGGGAAGCGGAUCGGGAGCCAGUGCUCCAACUGGCGGAGCGGGAGCAGUGGGAAGCGCCUCCGCCUCGUCGGUCGGCUCCCAUCACGAUGACAUGGAAAUCAAGCCGGAAAUCGCUGAGAUGAUUCGCGAAGAAGAGAGGGCCAAGAUGAUCGAGAGUGGAGGACAUGGUGGCUGGAUGGGUGCUGCAGCCGCAGCAACUGGCGCAGCUUCAGUGGCGGACAGCUACCAGUAUCAGUUGCAGUCCAUGUGGCAGAAGUGCUGGAACACCAAUCAGCAGAACUUGGUGCAGCAGCUGCGAUUCCGGGAGCGAGGACCCCUGAAAUCCUGGCGACCCGAGGCCAUGGCCGAGGCCAUCUUCAGUGUCCUGAAGGAGGGACUUUCCCUGUCGCAGGCCGCCCGUAAAUUCGACAUCCCCUAUCCCACCUUCGUCCUCUACGCCAAUCGGGUGCACAAUAUGCUGGGACCCUCCCUAGAUGGCGGUGCUGAUCCUCGGCCCAAGGCCAGGGGUCGUCCCCAGAGGAUCCUGCUGGGCAUGUGGCCCGAGGAACUCAUCCGCAGCGUCAUCAAGGCGGUGGUGUUCCGGGAUUAUCGCGAAAUCAAGGAGGACAUGGGUGCCCACCAAUAUGCCAAUGGACAGGCCCAUGGUACCUAUAUUGGCGGCGGUACCACCUCGAAUGGCUAUCACAGUGCUGCGGCGGCCAAGAUGGCGGCCCAGAAUGCUUCACUAGCUCCUCCAGAUGCCGGCAGUCCUUUGAGCUCCAUGACGGAGACUCUCCGUAGACAGAUCCUUUCGCAGCAGCAGCAACAGCAGCAGCAGCAGCACCACCAGCAACAGUCGCACCACCAGCAGCAGCCCUCGCACCAUCAACAGCAGUCGCCGCAUGGUCAGUCCAUGAACAUGUACAAGUCGCCGGCCUAUUUGCAACGGUCCGAGAUCGAAGAUCAAGUAUCCGCAGCGGCGGCCGUGGCAGCGGCGGCGGCCAAACAUCAGCAGCAGGGUGAGCGAAGGGGGUCGGAGAACCUGCCCGAUCUGAGUGCCCUCGGUUUGAUGGGUCUGCCCGGUCUGAAUGUGAUGCCCUCUCGAGGAUCGGGGGGUGGAAGUGGGGCAGCUCCAAAUAGCGCCGCUUCCUAUGCCCGCGAGUUGUCCCGCGAAAGGGAACGCGAUCGGGAACGUGAGCGGGAACGGGAGUUGUCCCGCCAAUAUGGCAGCCAGUCGCGGGGCUCGAGCUCCGGUUCCGGCAGUGCCAAGUCCCUGACCGCCAGCCAAAGACCCGGCGCCGCCUCGCCCUAUUCCGCCGCCCACUAUGCCAAACAUCAGGCGAGUGCCUACAACAAGCGGUUUCUGGAGAGCCUGCCCGCCGGCAUCGAUUUCGAGGCGAUUGCGAACGGACUGCUGCAGAAGUCGGUGAACAAGAGCCCGCGCUUCGAGGACUUCUUCCCAGGACCCGGCCAGGACAUGAGUGAACUGUUCGCCAAUCCGGACGCGGCUGCAGCUGCUGCGGCGGCGGCUGCCUAUGCGCCGGCUGGUGGGGCAGGUGGUGGCUCCAUCCGGGAGUCGCCCCUUAUGAAGAUCAAGCUGGAGCAGCAACAUGCCACCGAGCUGCCGCACGAGGAUUGAAUCCUGGCAAGGGGCGGGAUGCCGCAGGUGGCUCACUGGAAGUGACCGGCACACACAUUAGGGUGGGGCCAUUCUUAAGAAACCCAAAGGAGAUCAAAUCAAAGGGGUGCUAAGUAAUCAUUGGAUAACAGUAAGUAACUAUGAUUUUAGAACAAAAAGGUUUUUUUUUGGCAAAAGAGAAAACUUGUGUAUAAAUAUAAUUGUUUCGCUAAAAAAUUACAAGUUUGCAACGUCAGAUGCUAUAUUUUAUUAAUCAAAAAACAUUAAAAAUUGUAAAAAUAUGAAAAGCUUAUAAAGUGUGACUGAUAAAAUAUUAAAUAUCCUAACUAAACACACUGGUAAAUUGGCUAUCAAGAAUUAUCAGAAUAUGAAAUUGUAAUAGUGAAAGAAAGGUACCGAGUAUUCAAUAGGAAAAAUGAAGCUGAAUGAAUGUUUGAUAAUUGUAUUGUUCGAACAAUUACGGUUUCCGAGAAAACAAAGAUAUUUUAGUCAAAAAAAAAAUAGCCCAGAAUAUCCAAAGAUUACUUGACCCUAGAAAUAUUUGCCCAAAUAGGCAAACCACCCUAACCCCCAUAAAAAACAAAACCACAAACAUAUUUGGACUGCUACUUGAACCCCAACGUUUUUAGUGUUUAGUGCUUAGUUGAAGUUGCUAACUGGUUUUUAUGCCUAGGCUAGUUUUAGAGCGUAACGUGGAAGGUAUAAAGUAUUAACCUAUUAUUAAAGCACACCCCAAAUCCCCCACAAACACCUACAUACUUCGGAACUUUCCUGUAAGGAUAGGAUCUCGUAAUUUGUCUUAUUUAUUUUCGAGAGAAUUCGUUGCGUUGAUUGCCUUUUUUGCCACGCGAAAAGUAAUAAUAAAAUAGGAGUAACGAUAAAUGUAACCGUAAACAAUUAAAUUUACGAUUAGAGACUUGUGCAUUUCUUAAAUGUAGCUUAACCCUAGAAUAGUUCACAAAUACAAAACACACACUAAAUGUUGUCAAAUCCGGUAAUUACAACUUUAUAUAUAUAGAUAUAUAUAAAUACGCAAAUACUUUAGAUACAUAAACCCACACAGAUAGAAGUGCAUACCCACGCACGUACAUAUACUUAUAUUAAUGGUAUUUCCAAAUGUAACUGUAAAUAAUGUACAAAUUUCCAUAGCUUUAGGCUUCGAUUUAAUCUUAGAAUUACCCCAAAAAGCCCCUUCGCAGCACUUCUUCUAUGGUAAUCGUAUUGUAAAUGAACGAAUGAGCAAACAACGCAGGCAGCAUCACAUUAAAUUUGUGCUAAUUUUAUGUAAACAAUCACCCACAAACACAGACACACACACACACACACAAUCAAAACACACAAAUGCAAUACCAUUGCACACAAUACACACUCGACUGUCAGAUAUGCAUAUGUAUUGUCCGUACUCUGUGAGUGAACUAUUAUUAUUAUACUUAUUAUUACGAUUAUUAUUAUCUAUCCCUAAAGAUGCGCGAGGCAUUCUUGAGUUUAGUUAAACAGUAAAUUAUACAAUAAUAAACAGAAAAUAAAAACAAAUUGAAAAACUAAACGAAAAA